AUGCCUCCGAAACACGCAUUCAUUCCAAAAAAAGCGUGCGAUAUCUGUUAUGCAAAGAAGACUACGUGCUCUCUCCCUAACCCAGAAGGUCCCUGCGAGCGAUGCGCUCAUCGUAGUCUUGAGUGUACUUUCAAUCGGGAAAAGCCAUCAAAGAAACGCAAGACUAGCAAGGCCUCAAGUGAUGUACAGAUUCUAUCUCAGCGCAUCAAGCAGCUUGAGAAUGCCCUGGUCCGAGCUGGGCCGAGAAAGAGGUCGACUCCAGACUUGGCCAAUCCCGAAGAACCACAGAUAACUGCUUCCUCGCAAGUCAAGUCCCGGGGCAUUUCGACCUCACCCAGUGGCAGGGAACGAUUUGCCCUAUCUGACAGCUCCCCGUCCUCCUUGGUCUUCACACCACCAGCUAUCAACACAUAUCACUAUGCCACUGCAGAUCAUGACGCUGGUAUCAAUGUAUCUGCAAAUCAAUUGGGACCAAACUGGUUUUUCAAUGGCAUGGCCAUUUUCUCUGAAGAAGGCCGUCAGUGGCUUUCAAGAAGAACCGAUCAGGAUAUAAAAUGGGCUGAAUUUUGUAUCCCCGUGGACUUUUCCUCCUUUUCAGCCUUUCCUCAGGAAUGCGAUUUGCCUGACCAAGAUGCAACACGAGAAACAAUGAGUGUCUUCUUUCGGUCUUCAUUCAAACUUACUUUCCCAGUUCUUGACGAAGUUUUAUUUGAGACAAGUAUGCAAGCUGCAUACAAGCCCGUGAAUCCUCAUCUAAUAUCGCCCACACAAGCCGCAGCUAGGGCGUGUGUUUUGGGGGCUCUCUCGAUUGCGACUCGUUUGAACGCCACAAAACAGAGCAACUAUUCUAUAGAUGCUGAUUUGUGCUCGUCCAAGGCAGACUCCCUUCUAACGCAUUUGUAUGGGGAUAUCAGCUUGGAUACUCUCCAGGCAAUACUCUUAUUGCAAAUUCAACGUACAUUCAGUGGAAAGUGGCAAGGUGCUUCUUUCCUGAAUUCCAUGGCAUGUCGCAUUGUUUGUUCUUUGAGGGGGCACAUCUACAAGCCGCCAACCCUCUGCGAAAUUUCUCAUUCCGAACGCGAAUCCCAUCAAACCCGAACACUAUUCUGGCUGUGCUAUAUGCUCGACAAAGACAUUGCGCUUCGCACUGGAAACCCUCCUCUCCUCACCGAGGAUUAUUGUGACCUCACCGCACCCGUUAACUCUUUGCAUUAUUACACCUACUUGCCAGCGCUGGAUGAUUUCUUCGAAAUGACUAAUAAGACCCAUGAGAUUAUCACCCCUCAUCUACCUGGAGAUACUCGCCUUAGCCAUUUGAAGGAGAAAGUGUGUCGGAACCUCUUUUCCGCUCAAGCCUUGAAAGAUAACGAUGACCAGCUCCUUCUCCAUAUCAGGAAGCUAGACGAUGAAAUCGAACGCUGGCGACUGUCCGUUCCUACCGGUUUUCGUCCCGCACUUUUUGUUUCUCAAAACUCCUUGUCGAAUUCACCUGAAGAGGGCAUCCCACAUGUCAUUCGACGCAUGUCUUUACAAUUGGAUUAUCACCACCUGAUGACUGUCGUCCACACGACAGUAAGAAAAUGCACACCAGACGCUGCUGAUGAAACCGAGGAUCUUCAUGCCGUAGUUCAUUCGAGCUUCGAUCUAUCCCUCGUGGCGAGCCGGUCAACGCUCGCGUGUCUGAAAGCCCUCGUUGGCACCAUUGCAGAACAAGCAUUCCGAUUCUUUACAUCUUAUUUCACUACCGCCGCUAUGUCACUAUUUCUUGACAUAGUCAUCCACCCGUUUAAUCCACAAGCACAGCUUGACUUGGAACUUCUCAUGUCAGCUGCUAAUACAAUGCGGUCCCUAGCUACGUGCAAAUUGACGCAGAGUGAGGUCGCUCGUGUACAGGAAGAAAGCAAAUUUGUGCUGAGGCUGGUGUGGCUUGGAACUUGUGCGAUGACCACGGCAGACAGAGCGAAAAAGACUGGGUCUUUUUAG